AGUGCGGUAACUCUCUCUCUCUCUCUCUCUCUCUCUAUAACAUACGUUUAUAUUAUGAACUUGUAAUCCUAAAAUUUAUGAGAGAGAAUGUGUGAAAUCACGGAAACGACAAAAGAUUUAGACCGCGAUGAAAAUCUGGACAAGCGUCCAAAAUUUGGGAAUCGUUUUCUCACAAAAGAUGAGAACGUUUUUAAACAUAAUGCAUGGGAUAAUGUUGAAUGGGAUGAAGAACAAGAAAAUCAAGCUUCACAGGCUGUCUUUGAAAACUCCAGCGAAAAGAUGAAUAGAAAUGAGAGUGCUAAAUUUAAAAUUGGGGCAAAUAAAUACUGGGACUCAUUUUAUGAAGUGCAUCAGAAUAGAUUCUUUAAAGAUCGUCAUUGGUUAUUUACAGAGUUCCCAGAACUGGCUCCCAGGAAUAUUACGCAAGAGUGUAGAAGUAUUUUUGAACUCGGUUGCGGAGUUGGAAAUACGCUUUUGCCAAUUUUGAAGUACAGUCUUGAAGCACAACUUAAAGUAUAUGGCUGCGAUUUCUCUUCUACAGCCAUACAAAUUUUGCGAGCUAAUCCGGCGUUUGAUUGUAAAAGAUGCGAGGUAUUUGUUAUGGAUGCUACUUUGGAAGAUUGGGUGGUGCCAUUCGAGAAAGGAUCUCAAGAUAUAAUAGUAAUGAUUUUUGUACUCUCAGCUAUUGAACCUGCUAAAAUGCAACUUGUGGUGGAGAAUUGUUAUCAAUAUUUGAAACCAGGAGGUUUAAUAUUAUUACGUGAUUAUGGUAGAUAUGACUUGGCCCAAUUGCGUUUCAAGAGUGGUAAAUGCUUAGAAGAUAAUUUCUAUGUUCGAGGUGACGGGACGAUGGUAUACUUUUUCAUGCAAUCAGAGAUUCGCAAUUUUUUCACGAAAGCUGGAUUUCUUGAAGAACAAAACUUGAUAGAUAGAAGAUUACAAGUAAAUCGAAGUCGUAUGCUGAAAAUGUACCGAGUUUGGGUACAAGCAAAGUAUAGAAAGCCUAUAUCUGAUAAAAAAUGAAACUCAACCGCUACCACGGAACUUUUUUUAAAAUUUUUUGUUUUGGAUUUCAAUAAAUAUGACACGUAAUUCGAUUUUU